AUGGCCUCAGCAAAAAUUCUUGUUCCAAGUCGUUUGACGUUCGCUACCUCUUCAAGAGGUGUAUUCCCUUCUUUACUCGUUCACCAGAGGCAUAAGAAAACCAUUGCUGGCCCUUUCUCCCUGCCCAAGGAACUGCGACUCCUUCGUAAUGCACAAGUUUCCAAAGAACCAAUAGGUAUACCCGAGAGAGAACCCACCAAACACAUUGCUGCACAAUUCGAAAAAGAGGAGACAAAUAAUGAAAAAGCAGUAGUUAAAAAAAAACCAUUGGUUACUCGAAUAAAAGACGAAUUGAUUCAUUAUUGGCAUGGAACCAAGCUUUUUGGCUUGGAAAUAAAAAUUUCCACAAAGCUUUUAUACAAGCUUCUAAAAGGUCAAAAGUUGACCCGACGUGAACAACGACAGCUUAAACGGACCACCCAAGAUUUGGUUCGGCUUGUUCCAUUUGCAGUUUUUAUAAUUGUACCUUUUAUGGAACUUUUAUUACCAGUGGCUCUCAAAUUGUUCCCAAAUAUGCUACCAAGCACUUUCGAGGAUAAAUACGCAAAAGAAGAAAAAAAAAGAAAGUUGCUCAAAGUACGUUUGGAGAUGGCAAAAUUUUUACAAGAGACAAUUGCUGAAACCGCAAUAACGGGAAAGGAUCGCGCUGAUGCUGCUAAAGAAUUUUUAGAAUUCUUUCGCAUGAUUCGUUCGACCGGGGAACAGGCUAAUACGGAAGAUCUUAUUCGCGUGGCCAAAGUUUUUGAAGAUGAAUUGACUUUAGACAAUUUAUCUCGUCCUCAGUUGGUUAGCAUGUGUCGUUAUAUGAACAUCAAUGCUUUUGGAACGGAUAACUAUUUAAGAUAUCAGAUCAGGAAUAAGAUGGGAGCUAUCGAAGAAGACGAUAAGUCAAACAUUCAGAUGAUUAUGGCUGAAGGAGUUGAUUCACUUACUGUCCCUGAACUUCAACAAGCUUGCCAGUCACGUGGAAUUCGUACAAUCGGGGUAUCACCAUCUCGUUUGCGCAGUGAACUGAAUCAAUGGCUUGACCUUCAUCUAAAUUAUAAAGUACCUUCCACUCUUCUGAUUCUCUCGCGAGCAUUCAGUUUUUCGGAUCGCUCUGAACUUAUUGACCACACUGAAGCCCUUCACGCUACAUUAUCCAGUUUACCUGACAAUCUUGUUAACGAAACCGAGUUGCAAGUUAUGGAGGACGAAGGUACAGCCACAUACAAACAGAAGCUUGAUGUCUUGGAAGAACAAGAAGAGUUAAUUGCGGAAGAAAAAGCUCAAGAAGAGAAAGAAGCCGCUCGACGAGCAAAAAAGGAGGAAGAGGCCGCUAAGGAGGCAGCUUUAGCUGAAAAGGCUCCUCGUGAUGCCAAGGAGGCAGCCGAAAGUGAUGUGCGCAUGACUGAACAACAACUCCAAGAAUUACGUGCGGCGUUGACCAUUCUUUCUUCAAAAUCAGCUGUGCUAGAAGAAAGAGAAGCUUUAAAUGAAAUUAAGGAGGACCGAGAAGAAUAUAAAGAGGAUAUACAAGAACUAAAGGAUACUGGUAAACACACGGAGUCACCAGUGUCACAUCGUCUUGGAACGCGUUUGGAAAAAAUGAUUCAAAAAAUUGACAAAGAAUUGGAACAAUAUGACAGUGAAGUGGGUUCAAAGCUAAAUAUAAUUAAGACUAAUGAAAGUGGGCAAAUUACUGUUAGUGAUCUAGAAGAAGCUUUAAGAAUUAUCAAACAUACACCAGGGGAUAAUGAAACAAUUAAAAAAAUUGUUACAAAAUUGGACGUAGAUGGUGAUGGAUUGGUGUUCUUGGAUCAUAUUAUUGAACUAUGUACAGAAGGUGAAGGCAUAGGUGUGUUGAUGGAGAAAGAAACUGAUCAUGAAAAAGAAGAAAAGGUGAAAAAGCCAAAAAAGGAAGAUAUAGUAGUGCAAAGCUAA